AUGCCGACACCAGACCUGAACCUCACCACCCACUCCAUCCUCACCACCCACGGCACAAUCCACGUCCUCGACACAGGCACCCCUCCCGACCAAAUCAAACAUCCCCUCCCCACCCUCCUUCUCCUCCACGGCAACAGCUCCUGCUCCAAAAUCUUCCUCCCGCUCAUCCACCUCUCCCUAACCAGCUCCACCACCCUCCGCCAGUACCGCAUCCUCGCCCUCGACCUGCCCGGCCACGGCAGCAGCAGCGAUGCGCCGGACCCGGUGGAAACUUCCUACACGCAGCCCGCCUACGCCGACGCCGCGGUCCAAGUGCUCAACACGCUGGGCGUGCUGCAGGACGACGCCGACGGCGUCGUCGUGCUGGGCUGGAGCCUGGGCGGGCACAACGCCAUCGAGAUGGUAGCGCGGCUCGGCGACGCUUCUGGGCGGCGCAUCAAGGGCAUCAUGAUCACGGGGACGCCGCCGGCGCUAGGGUUGGAGCAGGUGCAGAAGGGGUUCGGGUCGUUGGGCUUGCAAGACGAGGCAGCACCGGAGAAGACGGAUGGAGGAAAAAAAGGAGACGAGGAGGAAGGACAUGUAAAUUUGGCCGGGACGGAGAAGUGGUCGGAGCGCGACUAUGAUCAGUUCCCCUUUGAAGCUGCGCGGGGAGAGCGCGCCCCGUGGAUUAGGGAGACGGCGGUGCGCACCGACGGGCGCGCACGGCGCAUCAUGUUCGAGGCGUUCGAGGCCGGCCGCGGCGUGGACCAGGUCAAACUUGUCGAAGAGAACGACGUGCCCUGCGCCGUGGUCAACGGCGGAGAUGAGCCGUUCGUGAACCUGGAUUAUCUGGAUUCCCUCAAGUACAAGAACCUGUGGGAGGGCAAGUGCCACAGGCUUCCGGGUUUGGGGCACGCCCCGUUCUGGGAGGAGCCCGAAACUUUCCUGCCGUACUGGGAGCGUUUCGUCAAACACUGUUCUAAGGAGGCAUGA